AUGUGUCACAUUUGUGCCAUCAUGGUAGGCAUAGCUGGCACACUGGUGAUGGCUGCACCACCCCUGAUUGCAGCUGUGUGGUUCCCACCCAGAGAGAGAACUACAGCCACAGUAAUAAGCCAGGCCUUUAACCAGCUUGGCUCAGCCGGCAGCUAUCUAGAACCUCUUUUGGUGCGCUCUCCUAGUAACAGCACCACAUCUGAUGAGAUCAGAAGUGACAUUAAGAGACUUAUGUUUAUAUAUGCUGGUGUUGGAGUAGCAAUACUGGCAGCAAUCUUGGUGUACUUCCCUACUGUGCCUCCCACUCCACCUUCUAUCACUUCCUCAGUAGAAAGGCUUAAUUUCAAGUCUAGUAUAAGGAAGAUGCUCAGGAACCGUGAUCUCAUGCUGGUCACCUUAUCAUAUGGCCUCUGUGUUGGAAUGCCUUCUGCCUGGAUGAGCGUGCUCAACUAUUCCCUCCAUGAUCUGGGCAUGCACCAGGGUGAAGCUGCAUGGGUAGGAGUCACGAGUGUUUUAGCUUCGGGACUAAGUGGUCUGUUAUCUGGCCGGGUGACAGAUCUGGUAUACGGUCAUGUGAAGCUGUCACUUAUUGUGACCUUAACUGGAAACCUGACUUGCUUUUACUGGUUCUUCCUCUUGACCUGGGGCUCCAUUACUGUCACAAAAUGGCAAAUAUACAUAUCUUUGGUGGGAGGCUUGUCGUUCAACUUUGCCUCGGUUCCCCUGUUCUUCGAGCUGGCUGUAGAGAGUGCAUAUCCAUGCUCAGAAGUCAUCGUUGGUGGUCUCCUUACUGCUACCAAUAAUUUCAUUGGGCUCUUAUUCCUCUUCAUAUUCUUCAUUCCCAACAUUGGUUACGAGUGGAUGACAUACCUGCUGCUAGGUGUGUCUGCAGCAACAUUUGUUCCACUUCACUUUGUGCAAGAAGACUAUUUCAGAUCCAAUAUUGACCGUCAUGCUCUUCUCCAGUCAUCCUACCAGCCAAUAUGACAGAAUAAUAAUAAUCAUGGAAAAAAUUUUGCACAAUUUUUUAUGAAUACUAUUUCUAUUUUAAUAUCUUUAUUGCAUAAUUUUUUUUUAGAUACUGUACAGAUUUGCAGUUUGGAGAAGCAUCUAAACUGUAGCAUCUACAUGGUUCUGGUAAGAUAGUGAUAGAAUUGAAUGAUGGUGAAAGUGUGUUUUCUUUUUGGGUCACCCUACCUCAAUGGAAGACAGCCAGUGUGUUAAAAAAAAAUUAUUUUGAGUCUAGUGUGUUUUUUAUACAUAGGCUGCUUUCAAUUAAUGGCUGUGGUUCUCAUAUAGUAUUUUAUUGCCUUGUUCACUGCUUGUGUUUGCACUUUUUAAAGUAGAACCUUACCUAAAAACCAGUACAGUUACAGCCUCUCCUCACUUAACAAUAUGUACUCAUUUACUGACAACUCGGACUUAUGAUGGGCUCUCUGACCAGUAUGCAUACAUAAAAUAAUGUAUAUUAGAGCUGAUUUUCUCUAUUCUGUUUAUUGCAAUAUACAGUACACUACUGUGUAAACAUACAAAAUAUACUAAAAAUGUUAUAACCGGUGCAAAAGUGACAUUAAAACAGUAUCAAAGAUGGUUGAUACAAACCCACUAACAUUGUACUACAGUGGUACCUUGGUAUACGACCUUAAUUAAUUCCAGAAGGCUGUUCAAGUGCCGAUCUUUUUGAGUACCGAACGAAUUUGUUUCCAUAAGGACUAAUGUAAAAUAAUUAAUCCAUUUGAGACCCCCAAAAAUACACUUGUAAAAGCACUUACAAAAAUACACUUACAGUAGACCCCUGGUUAACGAUAUUUUUUCAUUCCAGAAGUAUGUUCAGGUGCCAGUACUGACCGAAUUUGUUCCCAUAAGGAAUAUUGUGAAGUACAGUGGACCUCCGGUUAACGAUAUUUUUUCAUUCCAGAAGUAUGUUCAGGUGCCAGUACUGACCGAAUUUGUUCCUAUAAGGAAUAUUGUGAAGUAGAUUAGUCCAUUUCAGACCCCCAAACAUACACGUACAAGUGCACUUACAUAAAUACACUUACAUAAUUGGUCGCAUUGGGAGGUGAUCGUUAAGCGGGGGUCCACUGUAGAUUAGUCCAUUUCAGACCCCCAAACAUACACGUACAAACGCACUUACAUAAAUACACUUACAUAAUUGGUCGCAUUGGGAGGUGAUCGUUAAGUGGGGGUCCACUGUACAUACUAAUUGUUCGAGUUGGGAGCUGGAUGUAUACUGAGGUACCACUGUAGUAUGCUCCUCGCUUAGCGAUGAAUUCGUUUACUGACGUGGUCUUAGGAACGGAACUCAGUCAUUAAGUGAGGAGAAGCUGUAUUUAUUUUUUGAUAAAAAUGAGAGUAUUGUAAUUAGUAGCCAGUGCUGUGAGGCCCACAGGUCUAACACUUAUUUUCAAUUAAAUACAUGAAAUAUCAAAUAUAGUUAGUAGCUAGCUAGGCUAUUGUAACUGUUCACACUUAUCAAAGUGAGACAAGAGAACAGCAGCUUUUGAAGCAUUUGAAUUAGAAACCAGUGAAGGGCUAUGUUAAUUCUGUGGAGGCACAGCCUGUCUGGUGCUUCACUCUCAUGGGGACCUUGUUAGUGUGGUCAUUCAAGGGUAGAACCAUCAGUUGACUGGCCAGUACCUAUAACUUACAGCAGAAGUCGGCAAACUUUUUUGGCUAUUACUCCAAAACAAAUUUAUAUACAGCAAAAUUACCCACUAGACUUGAAAGUCCACAGAAUCUGGAAAACACAAGGAGCAUUCAAAUUCAAAAUACUAGUUUAUUGAAUCCAUUUGUCUGGAGAAUACAGUCAUACAAGCUGAAAAGUAUGUAUUAUAUGCAAUAAAGUAAUUUAAAAAAAAUGAAAAAUAAGCUGCAUGAACCUUCAUUACCUUCAAGAUUUUCAUUUUUACCACAUUUGGAGCAGUUUACCAUGGUUUCCCGACUUAAGACUUACAGUUACAGUAGUUACUGAUAAAAAAAAAAAAAAACAGCAGCAGCAGAAUUUUAAUACUUUUAGUUUUGAUUAUAAAAUGUUUUUACUAUAUUUUGUUCUACCAUUGUCUUGUGUUUUAUACAUAUUACAGUUUAAUUCUAGGAAAACAUUUACCAAAAUUUAGAUCUAUUGUCAGCCAGUUAAGCUGCCUUGGGUGUUUCAUGUGUUAGUAGGUGUUGAUGAAGGAUGUGUUUUAGCAGGUGUUGUUGAUGAAGGAUGUGUUUUAGCAGGUGUUGUUGGUGAAGGAUGUGUUCAUAUCAAAUAUGAGCCACAUGAGAAGGUAACAGUCAAGAUGAUAACUGCUAAUGAAUGCGACAACUGAUGGAUAAGAUAGGAUAGUAUAUUAAUUAUUCUUAAACUUUGCAUCAUGAAGAACUCCUAAACAGAGACUGGACAUGGGUUUAGCACAUUUUGUGAAAAUAAUAACAUGGGGAGUUGGAUCUAACCUAGGUCAAACCUGAUUACCUUCCAUUUCCAAGCAUGGUAUGAUCCCUACGAGUUUAGCUUUUCCGUCAUAAUUAUUAUAAUAAUGGACAUCAUGUGAUCUUGUAUUAUAUAUAAUUCACCAAAGAAUAACAGAUCUGAUAUUACUUUAGAUUGCAUGGUAACUUGUAAGAUUUAUCUUAUGUUGACAGUGAAAGGGUACACUUGUGUUUGUCAGAAUCAAGGAAAGGGAAGGGGGUGCCUUGAUGUUAGUGAAGGGCUCUUGAUCUAGGGAACUGGAGUUACAUUCCUUAGAUGAAACCUGAUUACCUUCUAUUUCUCAGGUACUACUUGACCCCUAUGGGUGAAAUGCUGUCUUGUGAAUUUACUCAUAAUUAUGCUUGCUUGAACAGUGAAUGACCUCUAAUUUUGCAUUUAAUUUUUAUAUCAGCCAUUGUAUUACCCUUGAGUUUAGCACUUCCCCAUCAAUGUAAUAAUAAAAUAUAAUUUCUUGAGUGAUGGUGAAAGUGUUGAAUGAUGAAAGUUUUUUCUUUCUUUUUGGGUCACCCUGCCUCAGUGGGAAAUGGCCAACAUGAGUAAUAUACAGUGGACCCCCGCAUAACGAUUACCUCCGAAUGCGACCAAUUAUGUAAGUGUAUUUAUGUAAGUGCGUUUGUACGUGUAUGUUUGGGGGUCUGAAAUGGACUAAUCUACUUCACAAUAUUCCUUAUGGGAACAAAUUCGGUCAGUACUGGCACCUGAACAUACUUCUGGAGUGAAAAAAUAUCGUUAACCGGGGGUCCACUGUAUAGUCACAAUACUGUGGCUGCAACAAUACAUGAAUAACCCGACAAUAUAUAGGUCUACACUCAGUGUCUACACUCUGAAGGAGGGGUGUUAAUGUUGCAGUUUUAUAACUGUAGUGUAAGUGUGCCUCUGGCAAGACAGUGAUGGAGUGAAUGAUUAUGAAAGUUUUUCUUUUUCGGGCCUGGUCACAGACCGGGCCGUGGGGGCGUUGACCCCCGGAACUCUCUCCUGGUAAACUCCAGGUAAACCCUGCCUUGGUGGGAGACAGCUGAUGUGUUAAAAAAUUUUUUCAGUCCGGCUUGUUCUACUGACAUGUCACAGUAGUAUAAGUUGGACCGAAACGUCAUCAUUAGCUUCAGUGUCAUAAGUACGAGUUAUUUGUGUAUAAUAUUUUUCGUAUUAUUAUAUAUUUAUUGUUUUUGUUUUAAUUUACAUAUUUAAAAUUUUGAAUGAUAAUUUGUAAAUGAAUUAUGUUUAACCAAAGAAUUUUAAAGCCAAGAUACAAUAAAUAAAUCUGCUGCUA